UAUUCCCUUGUCCUGUCUCUGUUGUUUUCCAAACAUCCUACUUGGUCCUACAAAUACUCCGUAUUUUUCAAUCAUUUUCUGAAAUCUCCGAUCUCUCUGGACUUCAACUUUGAAGCUGCCUUCUUCAGCUUCAUGUUGUAUACACUUAUGUAAGAUAACAACGAAAUCUGCCUCAAGAGAAAUUGGGAGCUGCAGUAGCAGGUGUCCUGCUCACUUUGUUCUUCCAUCCUAUUUGGCUAUUUGUAAGAAGAAAAAUGACAAGAUUUUGUAUCCUAUUGUCAUGGAUCACUGCUUGAGGCAGGAACACAUGGUCCUCUUCGUUUACUUUUCUUCUUACUAGAAGAAAAUAAUUUGGAAAACGGUGAAUUCUGAGUUGAAAGGUUUCUCAAGCUUAGGAGAUGGAGGAUCGGCAUAGUGGCUCUGAUCUGAGAAGUAAUUCUGAAUUUGCCAGUGUUACCUCUCAGGAUAUUGCAGCCAAAGUUGCUUCCAUGCCAAAGACUUUGACACGGAAGUCUUUUGAUCAUAUUCCUUCCAAAGAUCGUGCAGUAAGAGGAGUUGCUGCUGAUGUAGGCUUUUUCCUACUAAAAGUUGCUGUUCUGGAAACUACAAGGAGGUUUUCAAACGCUAAGUGUCCAUUUGCUUGGCGUAGUCUUCAGGCAUUCCAAAUGCUAUGCUAUCCACCAUUUAAAUGGAUCAAAUGGGCUCCCUUCAAAAGCUUGGUGCAUAGUAUGCAGAUGUUGUCACGACCACUGUUAGCCCUCUCCAUAGCAACAGCUUUCUCUGACAAAUCAGAUCAGGUGAACUCGACGGAUGAUCACCAUGAUUCUCAUGUACUUGAGAAUUUGGGUGAAGACUUACCUUCUGUACAGCCCCAUGUUGAUGUAAGGAACAAUGAUGAUUCUUCUAUUAGUCCAUCAUCAGAGGAUUGGUUGCCUAAACUCUACGAAGAACUGGAAAAGCAAGGGAUCAGCUUGCCAGAAAGGAUCAAUGAGAGUGAGCUACGAAGAUUUUACAGCUCUGUCAAUGGUGACUUUUCAAGCUUGCUUUCGUCAAUUAAGAAGACAAUUCGUUGGAGAGAAACAUAUCACAUUCUAUCGGAACCGGAACUUAAGGUGUGGUCUGAUAUAGUCUUCUGGCAUGGCUAUGAUGUGAGACACAAACCUUGCUUGAUUGUACGACUUGGUGUAGCUUGCACCAAUCUGCCAACUCGGGAUAGACCUCGAAUUGCUCAGGCAAUUGUUUCUCAGAUGGAGCAUGGUAUCCUGCAUUUGGCUGAUCGUGAAAAUCCUGGAAUUAUGGUAGUGGUAGAUUGCAAAGAUUUAUCUCCUUUUAGACUUCCAGUGCAGAUGAUAAGAUCCUGCUCUCUGCUUUUUCAAGAUCACUUUCCACACUAUCUUGGUGGUUUAUAUGUCAUACGGCUUCCUCCUGUAAUUCGGGUGAUGGCACAAACUGUUAUGAAAGUUCUAAACCCAGUCACUCAACAGAAGUUGAAAUUUUUUGGGGAACAAUACCACGAGAUUCUUUCUGAGUUAUUUCAGGAAAUUCCAGCGUGUCUUGGUGGUAAAUGCAAAUGUUCAGUGUGCUCAAGUGCAAUUUCCCACAACAAUCAGCGUUUUCCUUCUAUAGAAGUGGCAAGUCAAUUGCUUGCAGAUGGACUUAGUGGCGAAAAUGUUGAUCUUGAUUUUCUCAGAUCUGAAAUUGAUGUUCGUCAUAGUUUUGAUCAGGUGCUAAGAACUGGUAUGAUUGGAAUCCUUAUGUUAUGUGUGCUUGUUGCUUUGCUUGCGGGAUUAUUUGACUCUGAUAGCCGUCCAAACAUACUCCUGUGAGAUAAGAGUGAGCUUUUUGUUUUGGAUCUACCAAGCCAAUUCUAUUUCUAGAAGAUAUCUAAUAUGCCUGAGUGCUUUCAAAUUUCAACCAUGAGGCACUGGAGCUUUAGCUUAUUGAACAUUUUGUCAGAAAAGCUGGUUGUAUAUUAUAUACUUGUGAGAUAGUGGGAGAGACAAAUACCAAGGACCCUGGUUAAUUAGCGUGGCUGUCAUUGUAAAUGAAAUCCCCUUCCUCUAGUCCAAGCCUAAGCGGGAUCCUCUAGUGCAUUGGGAACAUUAUUUGAGUGAAAUGCUCGUAUAUGUUAAAAGGGGGUUUGUAGGAAGUCCAAAGUUAGCCUAUCUGACUCAGAUGAUGUUUUGGUUUUCUGAAGUCUGAACCAUUAUGAUCAGAGGGGUGCAUAUCAUGUGAAGGUGUUAUUUUCAUACUUAAUAAUUUCUGCCUGGAAGAAUUAAAGACUAUGAACGUGCCAGUUUCAUAUACUUCGUAUGAAUUACUUUGAUACUUGGAGUAUAUAUAUAUAUAGUAGUAUAUACAGAAUCCCUAUCUUUUAAAAAGUAUGAGAAAACACUUAUAAAAAGUGUGAGGACAAUUAUAUCCAUAAAAUGUUGUUUACCUA